AUGAGCCUUCUUUCUAUGGGUACCAGUCCAUCUGGACUUACAGCAAUCUCCAUCCUUGGAUUCAUCGGAUGGUACCUACUAUCAGCUAUCUACGUGUGGUACCGCCUCCGACACAUCCCAGGCCCGCCACUUGCAAAAUUCUCUUACCUCUGGCUCGCUCGUCUCUCCUUCAGCGGCAAGGAGUGUGAGAACUUCAGGAACAUCGGCAGACAAUAUGGCAGACUUGUACGGGUCGGUCCCAACGAUCUUACGACAGAUGACCCGGAAACCAUUCGCUAUAUGUGCAGCUCGAGGAGCCAGUAUACCAAGUCCGGCUGGUACGAAGGCAAUAGAUUCAACCCAUACCAUGCGACAAUGUUCUCAAUGUUGGACACGGUGGCCCAUGACAAGCUCAAGGGCAAGGUAACUCCAGGCUACACAGGCCGAGACACACCAGGCCUUGAAGUAUAUCACCCCGCAUGGCGAUCCCGGGUUGAUCUUACUGGACCUAUCACGAGUCAUACCGCUCUUUACCUAGAUGUCAUCUCAAAGAUCGCACUGGGCAAGGAGUUUGGGUGUCUGGACUCGGACUCGGACCCCUACGACUUCUACGGGACACUGGAGCAACAUUUGCCUCAGAUGGGGCUCACCCCGGCUGAGUGUGACGUAGAGACGCUACUCCUGUUCUUUGCAGGGUCUCAUACUACUGCGGGUGCUAUCGUUAUCACACUUCUGUACCUAUUUACAGCACUAAUGGCAUACCAGAGGCUGAAGGAGGAGAUCGUGGCAGCCGUCCGCGAGAAGAGAGUGUCCAUUCCCAUCACUAAUACCGAGUCGAAGAAACUACCCUAUCUACAGGCAAGUGUCCCUUUCCUAAGCCCCCAUGCCGUGGUUUACGAGGGUCUCCGAAUGCGCCCCGCCACUGUCGGCAUGUUGUCCAAGAUGGUUCCGCCCAACGGGGAUACCAUUCAGGGCAAGUUCAUUCCCGGUGGGACGCCCAUAGGGAUGAACUUGGCGUUGGCCCUGCGGUCAAAGUCUUGCUUCGGCGAGGAUGCUGAUGUCUUCCGACCUGAACGCUUUCUCGAGAAGGAUGAGAAGACGCGAGGCGAGAUGCAGCACAAUGUCGACCUCACGUUUGGCUACGGUCGCUGGCUGUGCGCUGGUAAAUAUAUUGCCAUGAUGGAGUUGAACAAGACGUAUUUCGAGUUGUUUCGCGCGUUUGAUUUCCAGGUCAUGCACCCUGAGAAACCCAUGUCUUCUUCUAGCCAUGUGCUUUUUACCGACAAGAACUUUCAUGUCCGGGUUACGGAAACUGCCACUUAG